AUGCCACUGACCGAGGCGACUGCGCCGCGGGAGACGCGCUUCGCCCACAUCUUUGCGCGUCUCGCCGAGCUGCCCAACUACGUCUGGGACGCGGACGUGCAGCCCUUCCACUCGUCCUACGACAACUGGCACUUUUUUGGCCACCAGCGCGCCUCGGCCUCCCACGACCGCUCGCGCUCGCGCUCGCGCUCGCGCGACGCCCACCGCCCCGCCUAUCGCCCCGCACAUGCCCUCCGCCACAAGUCCUCGGGCAGCGAUGCCAGCGCCGUCACCACGCACACGCAGGCCACCGCCGCGCCGACACACAGAGAGGGGCGCCCCGUGGUGUGUCGAGUCUCGAGCCACACGCUGCGCCUGGAGCGUGAAUACCAGCUGUCCAAGGUCAUUGUCAACAAGUCGGAUCCAGCAUGCAGACACUUUGUCCGCCCCAUCGAGUUUGUCAGACUGCCCACCAAACCGGGCGAGGAGCCUCUGGUCGCUAGCAUCUUCGAGGCACCCGGCCGAAACUACCUCAAGGGCCUGGUCAACUUCGGUCCCAACUGGUACAACAGCUUCGCCGGCUGCGACAGCCCGCUCCAGAACAGCAAGCCCCAGCCGCACACAGGCGUGCCUCUGCUGACCUUCCUCGACUUCGCCGUCGGCGCUACAGAGUGUUUGGAGAUUCUGCACCACGGCCAUGAGAUGGUCCACGGCGAGCUGCGCGCCGACGCUUUCCACUUUGCCGAGAAUGGCCACGUCAAAAUGAUAAACUUUGGCAGCGGUGCGAGAUCCUUUGAGAACGGGCUCACUUCUGCGGGCUGGAACACGCUGAGCCGCGAGACGGGCAUCGAACUGAAGCUUGCCUUUAUUGCUCCCGAGCAGACGGGCCGCAUGCCUGCCGAACCAGAUAGCCGGACAGACAUCUACAGCCUGGGCAUUCUGUUCUACACCAUGCUCUGCGGGAACACUCCCUUCGACGGCGCAACAGCAUUGGAUGUCAUGCAGAAUGUUCUGAGCAAGCGCGUGCCCCCUGUCUCUUCCGGCCGCAUAGACAUCCCCGAGGCACUGUCCAUGGUCAUCCAGCGAAUGACGCAGAGAAACAUUGAAGAACGAUACCACUCGACGUCGGGCCUCAAAUUCGACCUCAUCAGGAUUCGCGAGAUACUGUCUGAAGGCGACAGCGAGGGUCUCAAAACCUUCAAGAUCGGGACCAAAGACAUCAGCUGCUUCUUCAUCCUGCCGAUUCAACAGAUUGGCCGCGACAAGGAACGCCAGACGAUUAUCAACGUGAUUCAGCGCGUUGCCAAGCGUCGGCGAGGCGGCGUAAAAGUCGUAAACAGUCUAAGCUCCAACUCGUCAUUCUCGGAUGGCCAGCUCAACUUUCAGUACGACGACCUCGUGUCUGACACUUCUAGCUCCCGCGGCUCAGAAAGCCGCCUGAACAGCGUGUCCUCCGCGGCGCCCGUCCUCCCUGACCAAGCACGCACUCAACGAUCGCCAGACAACCUGACUCAAACAAGAGACUCGGUCGCUGAGGAGAGCCCGCACCACCGACCGACUCUGGUGACGACACACCGAGGUCAGUCCAACAACACUGUUGAAGGCUCACCCUCCCUGUCCAGGUCUGCUCCAUCGCACGACAGCGCACUCAUGCGCAGCAUGCCCAGCGCUCGGACACUGAGGCGGAAAGGUCGAUGCGAGGUUGUUGCUGUUGGCGGAGCGACUGGGCUUGGCAAAUCGCGCCUCGUGCAGAGCGUGCAGGGCACCGCGAGGAGUAGUGGUUACUUCGCGUCUGCAAAGUUUGAAAAAACAAAAAAGGCCCCAUUCGAUCCCAUUUUGAAAGUCAUGUCUUCCAUGUUUCGACAGGUCUUCAGCGAAGCAGACGUGUCAUCCGAGUUCCACAACAGCAUAAGGAGCUUCCUCAUGAACACAGGCGUAUGGGCGACAUUGCGCAGCUACCUGAACCUACCGGACUGGCUGCUCACAACAGGCGGGACGCCCAAGACCCCCCAGCAACGCGAUACGGACCCAUCAAGGCGAGCAUCUUCUCCGGCCAUACACUGCGGAAGUUCUGGGCAUACAGCCGAAGCAUGGCUGCGAAGCGGCGGUGCAUCCAAAUCAACAAAGUUCACGAGCGUCUUCAUUGAUGUCUUGCGACUCCUCGCUAUGCAAAAGCUACUGAUCUGGACCCUCGAAGACGUUCAGAACGCUGACUCGGAAAGUGCAGAGCUGAUACAUCACAUCGUUCAGGCCAAAAUCCCGCUUGUGCUGAUACUGACCUACACUGAUGAGGAAGGCAUCCCUCGAGAGCUUCGACCUUCGAUGCAGUCUGCCACAAGGGUGCAGCUGUCCCCAUUCACCGAAGCGCAAACCGCCGAUUACGUGGCCGAGACGCUCCAUCGUGAUCAUCAGUACAUUCUUCCCUUGGUCGCGGUCGUGCAAGAGAAGAGCAGAGGCAAUAUCUUCUACGUCAGAGAGAUCUUGGACACGUGCUAUCGCAAGCAAUGCGUCUACUAUUCAUGGCGUGAGAACAACUGGCUGUUUGAUCUCGACAAGGUCUUUGAAGUAUUCGAGAGCACCGAGUAUGGCUCUUCUAUGACCAACGACUUCAUCACGAAGAGGCUCCUUGAACUGCCUGCGGACACCCGCAAGCUGCUGGCUUGGGCCUCGUUGCUGGGGGGCGCCUUCUCCUACGACCUGGUCUCCAAGCUGCUGAAUCCCAAGUAUGCACCCGCAGAUGCCGAGAGACUGCCGCUCUUUGGAGAGAAAGAGUGCAUCGUGACAGCUCUGAACGGAGCUCUCAACGCUUACAUCCUGAUGCCUGCUGACAGCGAGUCGCGAUUUCGUUUCAGUCACGACAGGUACCUGUUUGCAGCUGCGAGCCUGCUCGAAAAGGACUGGAACACCUCUAUGAUGCACUAUGAGAUUGCCCGGAUCGUCAGCGCUGGUGGUGAGUGGCAAGAUGAUGCCAUGGGUGACUCCAAGGCUCUCUACAUGCGAAGCCGGCACAUUUGCUUAGCCGUCGACCUCAUCAAGGCCAGAGAAAGCAACCGCGCUCCCUUCCGCGACGUUCUGUAUCAAGCCGGAGAGACAGCGGCUGAGUCGGGAGCACGAUCUACAGCCAUCUAUUACUUCGCGCACUGCUUGAUGCUCCUGCAAGACGACCCGUGGGAUGAUUCGAAACACGACGUCUCGUACCAGGAGACACUGCAACUCUUUGUCCGCUCAGCCGAGUGCUACUGGCAUCAGAACAUGCCCGUUGAAGCGCUCAGUCUCAUUCGAACAACCUUCCAACAUGCUCGCGAUGCCUGCGACAUGGCAGGCUCAUUCAUACUACAGUCUCGCGUGCACGCUGUGCGCGGAGAUAGCUUCGGCGCCUUCCAAGCCUUGAAAGACUGCCUUUCUCUGCUGGGCUCUCCAAUACCUCCUACGACCUGGGAAGAGUGCGAUGCCGAGUUUCAGAAGCUCCACUCUCGUCUACAGCAAACCGACUCACAAGAACUUCUCGCCAAGAAACCUGCCAAAGAUGAUCGCGUGCUUCAGACCUUGGGCCCUGUGUUCAUCGAGCUGCUCGGCGCAGCGUUUUGGUCGAAUAGUCUACUGUUCUACCAAGCUACCCUGAAGCUGGUUAAUAUACAUCUCGAGCAAGGAACAAUAUCCCAGGUUGCAAUCGCUUACAUUCACCUUGGGAGCAUCGCAGGUGGUCGUUUCUCGAUGCUGAAAUUUGCGGCAGAUAUGGGUGCGAUAGCUAAGCGACUCUUUGAGAUGUUUCCGGACGACAGCUACACCCUUGGUCGCGGUCAAACUCUGCACCCGCUGUUUCUAGGACAUCUUGAAGCGCCUGCUAUGGACCUCAUACUUCAUCUUCAAGUUGCAUUGGACUCGGUUCUGAUUGCGGGCGAUCGCCUACUUGCUCUUCUCAACCUCGGUACACAGGCCCACUUCAAGGUCAUUGCGUGCUACGACUGUGCUGAGAUCGAAGCCUAUGUCGAUGAGAUUCCUUUGGACCUGAAGAACUGGCAGCAAGAUCUCAGGGGAGGUGUGCUUCUGAUGGCAUCUCGUCAGUACGCCAGAGCUCUUCAGGGCAAAACCGACAUUCACGAUGCUUCAACAGUGCUCACAGACGAAGCGCACGACUCAGCUGCCUACGUCGCAUGGAUCGAAACGACUGCUAGCAACCCGAAACGACCAAAGACGUAUUACUAUGCCAGCAAAUUAGCUGUGUUGGUUCUGUACGGCUACUAUGUAGAGGCCUGCGCUCUAGGAGAACUCCUGCUACCGAUGCUGGGCAGUCUUUGGUGUCAGCGUCUCAGCUACUCUGUCAUGUAUUAUCUCUCGUUGGCUUACCUGGCAGUGUUGCGUGAUGAAAAGGAACACCCGAAGAAGGAUCAGAUGCUCAAGCACAUCCUCACUACCAUGAAUCAACUGGAGGCUUGUUGUGCGAUUUCAGACGUCAACUACCGGACUUGGAUCCACUUGCUCGCUGCUGUGCUUGCAGAAGUCAACGAAAACCCAGGGACAGCACUGGUGAACUAUGAGGCCGCCAUGGACCACAGCGAGAUUCACGGUUUCACAUUAGACGAAGCCCACGCUCUAGAAAUGUACGCAGAAUGGUUGGUUCGAAAGAAGGCCAACAGACCGGCGCGUCAUGCUCUCAAAGAUUGCGUCUCCGUGUAUCGAAGGAUCUCCGCAUAUGGCAAGGCGAACCAUGUGAUUAGCAAGUAUGAGUUCCUGCUACGAGGCACAGUCUCCCUGACCACUGUGGAUGUGGCGGUACAGACGACCAUAAUCGACACAGGCAACACCACCUUCAGGCUCGAGCAAAACGAGGACCACGCACAGCUACUUGGUACCGAGACAGCAGUAGACCGGACGCAGAACUGGAUCGUUCCCGAGACAGGAAGACGUCACGAAUCUUCCAGCGACCUUCGCAACGGCUUCUCUGCAGUCGGUCUUGAUAUGCUCGAUCUGUCAUCUAUUCUAGAGUCCUCUCAGGUUCUUUCGAGCGAAUUGAAGGUCGACAAGCUGAUGGCUAAGAUGGCUUCCAUCAUCCUUGAAUCGACCGGCGGUACCCUGUGUGGGAUUGUCAUCGAAGACGCACAGAUCGAGUGGAGCAUUGCCUGCGUAGCGUCCAGCGAGGCCAACAACGACCCUAAUGCUCAGUCUGGUGUUACCUCUUUCCCAGCAGGCCAGCCCCUGGAUACUGUAGAUGACAUGGUCGCGCGACAAGUAACGUUGUAUGCUCUGCGCUUCAGAGAGAACGUUUUCGUGCAGAACCUGCUCGAAGACGAUCGUUUUUCAAAUGUCUCGGACUCGUAUCUCAACCGAAACCCAGAGGGCAAAGCGGUGAUUUGCAUACCGAUCAUCCACUCUGACCACCUUCUUGGCAGCAUUUACGUUGAAGGCCCGCCGAACUCCUUCACCGAGCGAAACACACAAGUCCUGCGUCUCCUCGUCAAUCAGAUCUCAAUCUCCCUGGCCAACGCUCUGCUGUUCAAAGAGAUCGAGCGAGUCAGUGCUAGCAACGUGGCAAUGCUCGAGAUGCAGAAGCGGGCGCUGGCGCAGGCAAGAGCGGCUGAGAUCAAGGCUAAAGAAGCGGAGUCAAUUGCAGUCAGGAACAUGAAAUUGAAGGAGGAGGCUGCUAAAGCCAAGAGUCUCUUCCUCGCCAACGUCUCUCACGAAUUGCGAACACCCCUUAACGGAGUCAUUGGCAUGUCUGAACUCCUCAAGGCCAGUCUGCUGAAUCCGGAGCAGCAAGGCUACGCCGACUCCAUCCGGGUGUGUGGUGACACUCUUCUGUCGAUUAUCAACGAUCUGCUCGACUAUUCGAAGCUCGAGGCUGGCAAGAUGAAUGUCCAGGAGAUGCCAUUAUCUCUCAACGAAACCAUCACCGAGGUUGUGCGUGCUCUUGCAUACACAAACGCCGAGCGAGGACUCAAGACCAUCGAACAGCUGGAGGUGAAUCCCGAAAUGCUUGUCAUGGGCGACCCUGUCCGAUUGCAUCAGAUCUUGAUGAACUUGUUGUCCAACAGUUACAAGUUCACCCCACGAGGCUCAGUUACCGUGCGCGCGGUUGUGGACCAGGAAGGACCAGACUGGGUCGACGUCACCUGCAGUGUCAUUGACACCGGUAUCGGUAUCCCGGAUGAGCAGAAGAAGAAGCUGUUCUUGCCAUUUUCACAAGUGGAAUCAUCAUCAGCGCGCAGCUACGGCGGCACAGGUCUUGGCUUGAGUAUUGUCAAGGCGUUGAUUGAGAAUGUCAUGCAUGGCUCAGUGCGACUCGAUUCGAUACCCGGAGUUGGGACAACUGUCUCAUUCUCCUUGCGCUUCACAAAAGUGAACAUGCAAGGUCCUCUCGCACGGAACUACAGUCGAGAUGUAGAUCCCAUGGCCAAGUUCUCCAGCCAAGAGAACAACGGCCACGAGCAGUCUGCUGGUACCUGUAUCGACCUCUCGACCAUACCCCGUGCAGACCUGCGCAUCUGCAUCGCAGAAGACAACCUCAUCAACCAGCGCAUCGCCAUCUCGUUCGUGCAAAAGCUCGGCUUCAAAUGCGAUGCAUACCUCGACGGCUUCAAAACCAUCGACGCGCUCGAGCGCGCCUCCGACAACGGCCGCCCUUUCCACCUCGUGCUCAUGGACGUCCAGAUGCCGCACUGCGACGGCUAUGAAGCGACGAGACUCAUCCGCAAACACCCCAACCCCGAAGUCCGCAACGUCCUCAUCAUCGCCAUGACCGCGUCGGCCAUCCAAGGCGACCGCGAAAAGUGCCUUGAUUCGGGCAUGAACAACUACCUCGCCAAGCCCGUGCGUGCGCAGACGCUCAAAGCGCUGCUCGAGAGCUACCUUAACAAAGACAGCCGCCCCAAGGAGAUAGCGAACCUGCAGACCGAGGCGAAGAAGCUGGUCAAGGAGGCGCUGAACGAGGCGGGCGCGCAUCAGCCGCUCAACGUCGCGAAGAACGAGGUCGAUGGCUUAGCUGGCGAUGGCGGGCAGAGGGCCAAGGGCGAGAGCCUCGAGAGGCCGAGGAGUGUGCGCAUGAGUACGACGGUUCGGUGGCAUGAUGGUGCGCCCAUGGAGGAGCCGCCGAGGAUACAGAAGGAGGUGAGCAGGGAUGGGGCGUAG